AUGGCUGCAAAAUCGGACGGAGCAGCCCUGUCUGUGCAGACUACCGAGAACCCCGUACCACCACCACUCCGAUGUAUGGUCGCAGCCGAGCCCGACCAGGGUCCCUCGUCGUGCCGCUAUGCUUCUAAGCCCUACUCGCUCCUGGAUUGCUGCUGGGUGUUGUGCUCACUGCUCGUCUUCUUUUCAGACGGGGCCACCGACCUGUGGCUUGCCGCGGACUACUACCUGAGACGGGACUACUGGUGGUUCGGGCUAACACUGGUCUUCGUGGUGGUUCCCUCCGCCGUGGUUCAGGUGUUGAGUUUCAGGUGGAUAGUCUACGACUACUCGGAUAUCAGCGGCAGCAGCAGCGGGGCAGUGGCGGCAGUCAGUGCGGCAGCAGAGUCUUCCAGGGGAGGCGAGUGUAAUUUCAGCACCAAGGGCAGCAUCAACACCAACAAACAGCACGGUGGCGGAGCGGCCAAUGCUGCUACUGUUGCCGGGGUUGGAUGCUCGUCGGCAGGGCAGAAUGCGGCGGGGGCUGGGACUGAGAGCGGCACCCGGACAUGCUGCAGAGUGUGUAUGUGGCUGUUCCAGUCAAUUCUUCACCUCCUACAACUGGGCCAGGUCUGGAGGUAA